GAAACCUUGAAGGUGGCUUCCACGUAGACAGCUAUGAAGAAUCAGAGUCGUUGGCCUAAUGGGGGGCACGUUGCAAGCAGUUCUCCCGAAUAUCACUAAACUAUAUAUACAUACCAUCUCUUCCACUAUGAGUCACUCGUCCCUCAGCUCUGAACUCUAAACUACGAGAAAUGGCAAGCAUGCACCUCAUUACCCUUUCUCUUCUGCUUCUCCUAGUGGUCUUCCCUUCAACAGAAGCAAAUGACUAUGCCCCAACGGAGAAGAAAACAGAGGUGGUAGUGGAAGCCAUGGUCUACUGUCAGAGCUGUGACCAAUAUGGAACCUGGUCUUUGACUGGAGCCAAGCCCAUUGCUGGUGCAAAAGUAAGUGUUACCUGCAAGAACUACAAGGGUCAAGUUAGCUACUACAAGGUCUUUGAGACGAACAGGCAUGGCUACCUUUUUGCUCAGCUUGAAGGGUUCAAGGUUCAGAACUGUUUGUUGGAUCAUCCCCUCCAAUCUUGCUUCGCCAAGCUUGUUUGGUCUCCUGUUGAAAGUUGCAGCGUUUUGUCCAAUGUCAACUAUGCACUCGAUGGCGCUCCACUUCGUUAUGAGAACAAGAGAGUGCAUGGAAGCAGAUACGAGGCUGUCAUAUAUGCUGCUGGCCCCUUGGCUUUUCGUCCCAAUGAUUGCUCUCACACUACUCAAUUCUAAUAAUGUUGCCUGAAGGGUUGUUUUUUAAAACAUUUGUAUUGAGAUCCGUUUCAGUAUUAUGUUUGACAGUUGCUGUUUUAUAUUAUGUUGAUCUAGCAGGAAAUUGUCGCCGUGUUUUUGUCACAUUCAUGUAAUAAACUAGAGUGCAAUAUCAUGAAACAAUUUUUUCCCCU